AGAGCGCUCUUCUGCCUGUGGUGAGCGCGCAUGCGCACAGUGAGUCGUCGGUUGUUGAGCGUUAUUGUUGUUGUUCGUGAUGGCGCAUUACAGAGCAUCGGAUUCGAAGCGCGAGCAGUUUCGGAGAUAUCUAGAGAAAGCUGGAGUCCUGGACAGUUUCACCAAUGUGUUGGUGGCUUUGUACGAGGAAACGGAGAAACCCAACAAUGCUCUUGACUUUAUAAAGCAUCACCUUGGUGUCGUUGGAGCCGAGUCCACUGAUGUGGAGAAUCUGCGCCUGGAGCUGGAUGAUUUACAACACAAAUAUGAACAGCUCAUGGAGGAAAAUAAAGAUCUUAAAAACAGGCUUCUGCAGUACGAGUCUGUGCAGGAAGAUGAAACGGAAUAAACGUCUUUGAGUUCUAAAUGAUAUUUCUUCACGAGUAAAAGUCUUUUUUGUUAAAAUUCAUUUUUGUAUUAAAAUGCCUAAGAAGUGAAUAUGUCAAAUGUGCCUGAUAUUUAAUAAACACCAUUUGUUUUGCACUAACCCUUUAUAAAAAUGUAUUUGAAUAAUUGCUUUUAUAUUCAUUUGUGGUGACCAUUAUACUGUAAAGAAAUAAAAUACAGAAAAAACAUUCUUGGAGUUGUACAUUGAAAACCCAUAUUAAA